UCAACCGCAUACUUCUGCUCGAGCUCCUUCUUCUCAACCGCAUACUUCUGCUCGAGCUCCUUCUUCUCAACCGCAUACUUCUGCUCGCGCUCCUUCUUCUCAACCGCACUCUUCUGCUCGAGCUCCUUCUUCUCAAGUUGUGUACUAAGCCUUCGCUUCUGCUCCUGGUCUUUGCAGCUCUUGAUCUUCUGCUCGAGCUCCUUCUUCUCAACCGCAUACUUCUGCUCGCUCUCCUUCUUCUCAACCGCAUACUUCUGCUCGAGCUCCUUCUUCUCAACCGCAUACUUCUGCUCGAGCUCCUUCUUCUCAACCGCAUACUUCUGCUCGCUCUCCUUCUUCUCAAGUUGUGUACUAAGC